ACUCAUGCAGCAGAACGCAUUUUGCAGCCGAUAGCGGCAGCGGACCGAUUUGUGGCAGUCGAUGAGGUCGUUUUCGAUGGGCGCCGUCGUGGUGGUGGCUGUCGUUGGCGCACUCUGCCUAUCCGCCAGAAGGCGCUGCUCGCCGCUGCUAUCGCUGGUGACGGCCGCUGCCGCGUUCGAUCUGCAUAG